CUGCCCUGUACACAAUGGAGGGACAGUUUGUUCUUUGCCUGUUACAUUCCACUAUAUUUAUACAGAUUUUGGUUUAUAAUGAAGCAACACCAUGGGUUAGGAGACAAUGCUCACAGAUAUCAGACGGCUAUGACUGUAGUGAUAUGAGCCUACAAUCGAUUCCAGAUGAGAUACCAGAUUCUGUCCAAAUGCUGAAAUUCAGCUUCAACUACCUGCCUGCUCUAUACAACUUUACUUUCAAAAGGCUACAGAGCUUACAUUUUUUAGACCUUACAAGAUGCAGCAUCACUUUCGUGUAUGAAGAUAUUUUUAUACACCAAACAGACCUGCAGGUCCUCAUACUCAUUGGAAACCCGCUUGUGUUCUUUGCAAGCAGAACUUUUUUUGGACUGCCAGGCUUGAAAUACAUAAGUAUGGCUCAGUCAAAUAUAAAAAGUCUAUCAGACAUCCCAUCAGAUAAUCUUGCUUAUCUGGAGGUUCUAGACCUUAGGGGAAGUGACAUUCACAAUUUAGAUGGACUAAGCAAAUUCUAUUGGCACAACCUGAAGAGUUUACAGCUAGAUCUGAACACGAUUGAGAGAAUCACGGCGGAAGAUUUAGAACCACUUCACGGUAUGGUUGGAAUGAACCUAAGCUUGAAAGCCAACAAUAUUAUAUACGUAGAACCAGGUGCUUUUCAGUCGAUGACCUUUGGGAGUAUUGAUUUUAGUGGCUGUCUAGGAAAGCUGAACAUUUCCGUGCUAUUAAAGGGGCUUGACGGCGUUAAAACUGGCAAGCUUAAUCUGGGAUUGUACGAAACGGAUCCAAAAUCGCACAUAUCAAAUAUAGCACUACAAUCUUUCUGUAACAUCUCAGUGACUGACGUGAAUUUCCAGCUCCAGCAUUUUUCAGACCUGAAUAACAGAACGUUUCAUUGCCUCGAAGGACUUCAAAAGCUAGACCUUACCAGAAGCCAUCUCCAUUUACUGCCCUCUAACCUAUCCGGCCUGUCCACAUUGUCUCAUCUGGUGCUGAACGAGAACAGCUUUUGGGAUGUCUGCCACAUCAAUGCCAGGAACUUUCCCAUUCUUACGCACUUGUCCAUGAGUUCAAACCUGGAGCGACUCAAUUUUAGCAGUAGAUGCCUGGAGAAUCUUGGAAGCCUGGAGAAGCUGGAUCUCAGCCUUAGUAAAGUAAACCCUAUAGGACCUUGUUGUAAUGACCAGCUGUUUGGUCUGGGUAAACUGAAGUUUCUCAAUCUCAGCUAUGGGUCACCCAUGUUCUGGGAUGUACAGCCUUUCAAUGUUACUCCACAGCUGGAGCACUUGGACUGCAGCCAUUCGAGAUACACUCUGAACGACAGCUCGCCUUUCAAUAAUCUACAAAAUCUUAGAAGUCUAAAUCUAUCCUGGACAAACAGCAAUCUGACAAACGUGCAACUUUUCAAAGGCUUGAAGACUUUGCAACAUCUCGGUUUGAAGGGGGUCGCCGUUCAAGAUGGAGUUUUUACUCAAACAGAGCUCUUCAACCACAUUCCUGAUUUGGAAACUCUAAUUCUGUCUGCAUGUAGAAUCACUGCGAUUAAAGAAGACUUGUUUAAGGAGCUCACACAUCUGAAGAAGAUAGACGUCAGUUCAAACCAACUGCUCAAAUUCAGCAUUUCGCCAUUUUACUCAUUGAAAUUUCUCCAACUUAACUUUGCUAAUAACUCCAUUACGAUGGUGGAUGUUAAAGAUGUUGUGGAUUUGGGAAUUGAAAGUACUGUUGAUCUGAGUUAUAACCCUUUGAUAUGCAACUGUAGCAACUAUGAAUUUAUCAAAUGGGUUGAGGACAAUGAUAUCAAAGUUAGACAUAUAACAGAGACGACUUGUAAUGGCACAGGAACAAGGAUUAUUGAUGUUCACUUGCAAUGUAAAUUUUCAGUAAAUAUGCCUUUAUAUGCUAUAAUUCUUGUUGCAGUUGUUAUAGUGUUUGGCAUUAUCUGCAUUUUCUUUCUUAUCAGGACCAUUAGGAAAAGAUAUGCAAGCUACAGAGAACUAUAAAUACGGACACAUUUUGUCUCACAUUGACCUAGCGUCUUAAAGGGCUAGUUCACAAUUUUUUUUUUAAAUUUUACCUCACCUUCAUUCUAAAUCUGUAUGACUUUCUGUGCAGAACGCAAAAAAAUAUAUUUUGAAAAAUGUUACUAACUAAACAACAUUGGCCCCUAUUGAAGUUCAUUGUGUGGCUGCAACACCACAGAGACAUUUCUUAAAGCGGCCCUAACACACGCGUGCAGGGGGAGGGGUAGGCUGAACUAAAGCACGUGCGCACCCAUUGCCAACAAAACACAGACAUCAGUUUCACUCACCGCAUGCGGUUCAUGUCCGGCAUCUUUUAGCGCUGGGACGGCUCCAUAUAUCAGUUUCAAACGAUCUCCAAAUCCAGCGUUAUAUCCACCGUUUAUAUAACAUUCAUCACCCAAAUGCAGUGAACAAACAAACACCUGAACUUCGCAAACAUAUGCUCUCUCUCUCCUGCACACAAGUGAAUGUGACGUCUGAGCAUGCUCCUUCUCCUGCUCUCCUUGCUGCCGCGUGGGUGUGCCGCGUGCUUUUCCGGAUGAAUUGUCCAAUAAGGGACUAAGAAAAGUUGUUACGAAACAGUUUUAUAUGUUCGAAAAAAACUUUCCGAAACCUGUACGAUCGCUGGGGGAGUGUAUUGAGCACAGAAAUACUAUGUAAUACGCCCAACUCGUUUUUUGACAAGUUGACCAUGUUAAGCAUGAGAAGACAGCACGUUUAACAUUGUAAAGAAGUCAGAAUGCAUGACACACUGUUGCAGCACCCCUUUAAAAUAUCUUCUUUGGCAUUCCACAGAAGAAAGAGAGGUUUUGAACAACAUGAUGGUGAAUAAAUGACUAUAACUAUACCUUAUCUGCUUUCAAAGUUGGGAAUCAAAGCGAAUUAUUAUGAAGGAAAAUGGAACAUAUUUAUUGUCAAUCAAAAACAAUAAAUAAAUGAAAAUGUUGUUUAGCUUUCUUAAAAUUGUAAAGAUAUACUGUAAUUACUAACGUGUCUGAAAGAUUUGUAUGAACUUAAAAUGUGAAAUAAAACAGCAAA